UUGCUUCAAUUGGUUCAUGUGGGGUCGAAUCAGUUGAGGCUUCACAAGUGGAUAUUCCUUUGUGCUGCACACCGACACGUGUAUUUUAUACUACAAAGAGGCUACUGCGGUGCCCAACACGACAGUAUUAAUACAUGACGUGUUAGUCUGCGACUAUGAGUUCAUUUUGCCAAGUAUUGUUACACUACGUCGUGCAACGUGGAGAGAGAAACGAAAAUGUGUCUGUAUUGUAUGUAGUCAAAAGUAUUUGGCAGAAAGACAGUUCUGUCUGGCUGAGCGAUACACCGAGCAGAAAAACGUUUGUGUAUGCUAGGUGCCUUCCGACCGAGAAAGCCGAAAUACCCCGGACAGCUCCAACAAGCUCUCAAUCUACACAUCCUUCCACCCCGCUCACAAACGCAAACUACUUUUCCAAUUUUUCCAAGCCUCCACGGAUAAGCAAUCUAGUGGGAAAAGAAGUGUAUGAUGGGAAAGGCCAACCAGCUGUCCAAGUGGAAGUACUGUGUACAAUUCAAAGCAAUGAAAAGAGAAUUUGCUCAGCAGCAAUAUCCAGCCACUGUGAACCACCCGGAUCUGAUUAUGCUUUACCCGAAGCUUGGGAGAUGGACGAUACUAAAAGAAAGGAAUCUGUCUCGAUAGCUUUACAAUGGAUCAAUGAGCCACUGGCAGCACUGUUGAAGGGGCAUGAACCAGCUGAUCAGUUAAAAGCAGAUACAUUGCUAAGUGAUUUUUUUCAAGUGCACGUUGCAGAAAAGCAGGCGCAAAUGGAGGAGGAAAAGAAACAACAAGAGCUGAUGGUGGCUGUGGAGUCUGAGGCACUACCUCCACCUCAGCCUUCUCCUGCUGCAAAUAAAAAAGAGAAAAGGACCAGUGGCAAAGGCAAAAAGACUAGUGUUCCAGAGAAGCCCAUCCCCCCUGCUGAACCACAGGAGCUUGUGUUGCCGGGUAGCAUGGCAGUAGGAUCGGUGUCACUGGCUGUCUGCAAAGCUGCUGCCAUAUUGAGCAGCAUUCCCCUUUUCCAGCAUAUUUUCGCAAUAAAUCAUCAACAGCAAAUGAUGAAAGACAUUCAGAUGCCCAUACCAAUGAUAUCGUUACUGUCUUGUGGAAAAUCAUCACCUGGUAAACUAAAUCUAAUGAAGGAAGUGAUUGUGAUCCCGAAACCUGGGCUAACCUUUAGACAGAGUUUUAACAUACUGCGAGAACUUCAAAAACAAAUGAUAAAGUUGAUGGAUACAGCAUCAAAAACAGGGCCUAUCCUGAAAACAGUGUCUGAUCUUGGUGCAUUAGUGAUAGGAUUUGAACGACUUGAACAGCCUUUGGAUCUCAUUCGAGAAGCCUCCAAGACUCUUGAACUUACAGUCGGGGAAGAUUUACAUUUAGCAAUAAACUGUGCUGCACACGAGCUAAUAGACUAUCAAAAAGGCAAAUAUGAAGUGAUGACCGGAACACCAAAGAAUCCUAAUGAGAUGGUAGAUCUGUAUGUGGAUUUAAUAAGCCGCUACCCAGCAGUUAUUGCUCUGAUAGAUCCCUUGAGGAAAGAGGACAAGGAGCAGUGGAACAAGCUAUACACUACUGUGAGCUCCAAAUGUUAUCUGCUUGCUGAAACGGCCUCAAAACCAAUCAGUUCACUUCUAGUGGAGGAGGAUCUGACUGUGCCUGGGUUCAGUGGUGUAAUCUUGAAACAGACCAAUCAGACAACUGUCUCAGACAUGAUUGAAAUCAACAGACGCAUGAGAGAUCAGAAGCGUAUUACUGUGUUUGGAACUACAGAUGGAGAAUCUUCUGAUGAUUCCCUAGCAGAUCUUGCUGUAGGAGUGGGAGCCAGGUUUAUCAAACUGGGAGGUCUGUGUCGUGGCGAGCGGGUGACUAAAUACUGCCGUUUGCUUUCUAUAGAGGAUGAAUUGGCCCGGCAGGGAGCACUGGGUCUUGCAGAAAAACAUGAGUUUCCUGUUCUUACUGGAGAAACGGAAGCCGAUCCCCCAUCCCAGUCUUAAUUCAGUACCACAAGUAUUGUAUUUGUGCAGAAAAAAGAGUAGUAACACUUAUUUUUAGUCUUUUACUUUUGCUAAUUAUUUUAAUAAAUAAAAUAAUUUUAGUUUUUUGUAAACUUGAAUUUCCUAACUUAGUGUGUCAUCAGAUGUUAUUAUUUUGUAUACUUUUCAUGCUUAUGUUAAUAUAGAUUAAAGUCUUAUGUAUCA